CAAAAUCUCAAAAAAAAAAAUUAAACCUAAAAAAAAUAAAAAGAAUAGAAAAAAUUCUAUAGUCAAUAUUCAUAAUAGUCAACAUGAUCAAGCUGAUAUUAUUAAUUCUGUUUUUCCAUCUCCUAGUAUCACUGAGACUGAUAAACAAAAAGUCAGCUCAUAUGUACAAGCAUAUUUACAUUAUUCCACUAUUUCAACAUCAAAUCGAUUUAAUAGUAUGAUUUCCACGCCUACAAAAAACAUUAAUAGGUCAACUAUUUUAACCACCUCAAAUUUUUCGAUUCAAAAGCUCUUAGAUAAAAAACAUGAAAAUCAAAAACAUGAACAAGAAAAAAACGAAAAACAUGAUCUAAAGGAUCAAAGGAAAGACGAAAAGGGAAAGGAGCAAGUGAUUUCAAAACCAGAAGUUCUCAAACAAGUGAAACAAAAAAGAAAACAAAAACAAAAAUCACAAAAUAAAAAGAAAAUACAGGAAAUUGGAAAAAACAACGAUUCUGUUGAAAAAGAUAUUGAAAUGAAAGACCAACUGGAGAUUGAAACCACUGUCGGUAUUGAUAAUAACAGAAAUAGUAAUGGUGAUAAUAAUUUCAAUAAUAAUACGGAAAAAAAGAUUGAUCACAAUGCUAUAAACAAUACUGACCAAAAAGUUGACCAAAAAGUCGAUAAAAACGCUGAAAAUAGUAAAGAUCAACAAAGUAAUGAAAGUAAAAGCGAAAUUCAAAACCAAUCUACGAAUAGUGAAAGUAAAAAGAAAAAGGAAACUCAAAAAAUUGUUAAACCGAAAAAGAUAGCUAAAAUCUCAAAUCAAAUUGCAAACAAAAGUAUGUCUGAGGAUAGUAAAAUUACUAACAAAGCUGAUCAAAAAAUAAAAAGCAAAGAAAAUGGCGAUGAACAUAAUGAGGACACCACUAUGGGAAACGUUGAUUUCGACAAAAGUGGAGUUGCAGAACCCACAAAAUAUUGCAAAGUAGAAGUUGUUGAGCAGAGCACAAAAGAUGUUUACGUGUUUAAACUCAAAACUUCAGCCAAACUAAAGUAUCUAUUUAAGACGUUUUCUCGAUUGGCAGAAGUCAAUGUUGGUGAUCUUGAGUUCUACUAUGACAAUCAGAUAAUCAAAAUGAAUGAUACUCCAGCAUUGUUGAAGAUGCCAGAAAACUCUUCUAUUCUUUGCAAAGAAAUAGAGCCCUAGUCCAGCUCAGCGGUUCUCAAUGCGCAGCUGCGUGGUGAUACACAUAUAUACAUAAACUGAAACCUAAGCUAAUUGAAUAGAAUUUCU